CCCUUCAACAGAUAUAAGCGGUUAGAACUCAAUUAAGUAACUUUUUUCUACGCAGGAUAUAAUAGACAACGACAAUGUUGCAGAUUCCAUGUUUUUCUCUUAUAUCAAACAUAAAAGAAGACAGUCAUAAUAAGAGGCAUAUGGAAAAGUACGAAUUUCUAGAAAUUUUAGUUAAAUACGGAAAAUACCAAAAGGUAAACGUAUUAACUAAAAUUUUUAUCUUGAAAUAAAACAUUUUUCUUAUACAAGUACCCUGUAAAUUUCCAUGUUCCAAAAUGAAACUAUUAUUACUCCUCUGGGCAAAUGCAUAGCUUGGCAGCGUCAGUUUAGCUAACAAACAUUUUGAAGUAGUUGGAGUAGGAAGCUUCUAGGACGUUGAAAAGCAUUACUUCUUAAUACACUGGGAUGCAGAGCUCACCUGAAGUGGUUAAAAAAACUUUAAAUUGGCAAGUCAAUCUUUCUGCAUUUCAAUCAUUCACGUCUACGACUCUAAGGACUUGAAGAUACCACAAAGGGAUCAAAGUAAAUUAGGCUUAUGCAAAAACGUUUUCUGUUCAAAAGUUGAUAUAAGGAAAUUGUUUUUUAACUUGUCUUCAAUCCAAAACUCAACCUUCGAAAUGUCACUUUAAUGUUAUUAUAAUUUUAGCAUGUAUUGCUGCGAUUUUCUCCCAUUUGAAAAACCUUUGAAACAAAGAGCUUGAUAUUCCUGUUUGUUAAAUGAGCAAAAAAAACUUGUCUUGUCUUAAAACAAUGUAGGUGCAGUCUUUUGCAUAAUGUAAAUAUUUGUUCUAAAGAGUAAUAAUUGUUGUAAAUAUCAUCAUAUAUAGACCAAUGGGUAUAUUAAUAGGGUUCGGCGAGCUAAAAAAAAAAAAACAACGUACACGCGGACAGUUCAUAACAAAAUAGUUUAUUUGCACGUGUAGUUAUAUAAGAGAAAUGAUUAAAAAGGUUGCGAAAUUUUCAGAUAAAAGGCAUUUAUUUGCAUAUAUUGGCUAAGUGUUUCUUUUAGUUAUGGUAACCACUUAAUGGUAAUUGUCGUGCAUUUUUCUUAUGCUGUUUGAAUUGUGUGUCGGAAUAAAAAACAUUUGAAGAAAUGAACUUCGCUGAUAUUUUUGAAAUACAUUUUGUUAAUUUUCCUUAAUUUCAAAGGUCGACUUGUCAAUGAUCUAAUUAAUUUAUAUAAUUAACUAGUUAAUUCGUCUUAAAUGAAGGAGGGAUGGUUGCAAAGUUCAAACUAAUUAAACUUUUACAUCUAAUGCACAAAAGCGAAAGACAUAAUUCAUUUAUGCAUGGAGUGACAGUUUGAAAAUAUUUUCACAAGGUUUCAACUUUUUCAAACCUGAGACGAUCAAAAUGGACAGAAGACUCGCAUUAUUGUUAACUUUGAAGACAGUGUUUAUUGCUUUGGGUUUGUGGUUUGCGUCCAUUUUAACAAGAGGCUGGUUUGUUGUAACUUUAAAAACAACUAGCAUUCAGCCGACAUCCAUUCUUAAGAAAAUUUUGUCCUUGAACUCGCUUUUAAAUCUCGACAACAUUAUUCCAUCCAAAAGAAUUUCUUUGCCACCUGUUCGUGUAGAACUGGGCAUAUUUCAUUGUACGCUGUGUACGAGUGGUAAUUGCCUUCAUGUCCCCCUCGACAAACUUCCUUCACCAGUAUCUGCCCUGCUGGAGAAACUCCCUAAGUUAUUAGAACUUCAAAUAACGAGUAUAGUUGCCCUAUCAUUAUGUGUCAUUGGCUUUUUACUUCUAAUGUUAAACUGUGGAUCAUCAUCGAAGGUUAAAGCCGGUGGAAUUGUCCUACUUUUGGCUGCUGUAUCUGAAUCCAUCUUGAUUCUCCGAAUGGUUGUAGCAACGGUUCAAGUGGCGUUAGACACUGUGGAAUCCACACUCAGUCUAUUGAACCUAAAGGUCAUAGAAGUUGAAAUUCAGACACCCUUCUCCGUAAUUCUGGCGGGUAUUGGCCUAGUUUUUAUCAUACUGGGUUUGAUUUGCAGUCGUGUUUUAUACUCAAAACUACUAGAACCGUCCACAGAUGGUCUAAAGUCUUCGAUUCCUGCUAUCAAUCUUGUCAUCCAAGAAGAACGCUUUUAAAACUUUUUAAGUAUAAUCUAGUUUCAUUACGUUGUAUUUUGAAAAUGAUGAUUUAAGGGAUGUCUGUAAUUUUUCAUCUUCGCUAAC